CCGUCUCUCUCAGCGCGCGCGGUGCUGAACUCCUAAUUUCCCCUGGGCUUGCUGUGGGGCGCAAACCUUCAGGCUCUGAAGGCUGUUUGCUCGGAAGGAUCCGAGGGAUAACUACUCGGUUCUGUGUCACCACAGGCAGUAAGUCUCUCUCGGAAUCCACUGACCUGCUCCUGGGAAGGCGACGACCUCGUCUAGACGCUGUCAUUUUCCUUCCAGUGGACUCAGCCCGGAGCCCGGAGCAUCGCUCUUGGCAGUUUGACAGGUGUCUGUCGCCUUGACUAAAUGGCUCCAGGACAGGACCGCGUGGUUGCUCUUGUAGACAUGGACUGUUUUUUCGUACAAGUGGAACAGCGGCAAAAUCCUCAUUUAAGGAAUAAACCUUGUGCAGUUGUACAGUACAAAUCAUGGAAAGGUGGUGGAAUUAUUGCAGUGAGCUAUGAGGCGCGUGCAUUUGGCGUCACUAGAAACAUGUGGGCUGAUGAUGCUAAGAAGUUAUGUCCAGAUCUUCUGCUGGCACAAGUUCGUGAGUCCCGUGGGAAAGCUAACCUCACCAAGUACCGGGAAGCUAGUGUUGAAGUGAUGGAGAUAAUGUCUCACUUUGCUGUGAUUGAACGUGCCAGCAUCGAUGAGGCUUAUAUAGAUUUGACCAAUGCUGUGCAGGAAAGACUUGAAAAGUUACGAGGUCAGCCUGUCUCAGCAGACUUGUUGCCAAGCACAUACAUUGAAGGGCUGCCCCGAGGCCCCGCGGUAGAGGACACUGUUGAGAAAGAGGAUAUUCGAAAACAAGGCUUACUUCAGUGGCUUGGUUCUCUUAAGAGAGAUGAUCCCACCUCUCCAGACCUUCGGCUGACGGUGGGCGCGGUGAUUGUGGAAGAAAUGAGAGCAGCCAUAGAGAGGAAGACUGGCUUUCAGUGCUCAGCCGGGAUUUCACACAAUAAGGUCCUGGCAAAACUUGCUUGUGGACUAAACAAGCCCAACCGUCAAACCCUGGUCUCACAUGGGUCAGUGCCACAGCUCUUCAGCCAGAUGCCAAUUCGUAAAAUCCGAAGUCUUGGAGGAAAGCUUGGGGCUUCUGUCAUUGACGUCCUUGGGGUAGAAUACAUGGGUGACCUGACCCAGUUCACUGAAGCCCAGCUCCAGAGUCAUUUUGGAGAGAAGAAUGGGUCUUGGCUGUAUGCCAUGUGCCGAGGCAUUGAACACGAGCCGGUUAAACCCAGGCAGUUACCUAAAACUAUUGGCUGUAGCAAGAACUUCCCAGGGAAAACAGCUCUGGCUACUCGGGAACAGGUACAGUGGUGGCUUUUGCAGUUAGCCCUGGAACUUGAGGAGAGACUAACCAAAGACCGAACUGACAAUGGCAGGGUGGCCACUCAGUUGGUCGUCAGUAUUCGUGUUGAAGGAGACAAGCGUCUCAGCAGCCUGCGUCGGUGCUGUGCCCUCACUCGCUAUGACGCUCACAAGAUGAGCCAGGACGCAUUUGCUACUAUCAGGAACUGUAACACAUCUGGAGUCCAGACUGAGUGGUCCCCUCCUCUCACAAUGCUCUUCCUCUGUGCUACCAAGUUCUCUGCUUCUGCCCCUCCAGCCUGCACGGAUAUCACUGUAUUCCUGAGCAGUGACUCCGGUUGUCAGCCAAAGGUGCCAGCUGCGAGCUUGGGGACCAGGACUCAGGAACCUGGCCUGGCUGCUCCCACGUCUAAAGAGGCAGCCACAUCCCUAGAGUCUUUUUUUCAAAAGGCUGCCAAGAGGCAGAGAAUGAGAGAGACUUCCUUUGUACCUCCUAAGGUGGAGAAGUCAUCAUCCAAGCCUUCCCUUCUGUUCCAAACCAGCGGAAGCCCAGGAACUAAGUCUUUCUUCAAGCAGAAGAGUCUGCUGCUACAGCACACAGAGCUGAGCAAGGCUGCGGCUCCGUGCCCUCCACAGGCCAGCUCUGCAGUGCAACCAAGCCGUCUCCCCACAGACAGUGCAGACAGCCGUGCUUCUUGUGAAGAAGUGUGCAAGCCAGUAUCCUCUCAAGCAGUUUCUACAGAAGUGAAUGUGGCUGGGAACAGUUCUUUAGCUUACAACUCUCAGGAGGUGACCCAAAGGGCAGCUGAGGACCAAGUGCUCUGUGAGAAGUGUGACUCCCUGGUUCCAGUGUGGGACAUGCCAGAGCACUUGGACUACCAUUUUGCACUGGAGUUGCAGAAGUCUUUUUUGCAGCCUUGUACUUCAAAACCCCAGGCUGUCCCCCAGGCUGUCCCCGUGUCUCCUCAGGGCAAAAGAAAUCCCAAGAGUCCUUUGGCUUCCAGUAAUAAACGCCUUAGGCCCCACGGCAUGCAGACACUGGAAUCAUUUUUUAAGCCAUUGACACAUUAGUGCUGCCCUCGGGCCUGCAGGAGAACUUUACUGUUUUAUUUCUAAGAGAUGGAAUCACGUUGGUUACUCAAGGGAACUAUGAAAUUUUAAUACAUUAUUUUUUUCUUUUUUCCAAUGGGAUUCUGAUCCUGUUGCUGAUCAAAAUGUUUUUAAUCUUUAGGGGGAUACAGUGUCAUAAAAGGUAUAAGGGACCAUGGCAAACUCCCUCAGCUUCGAGCUAUCGCACUUUCCUCCCUAUAAUAUUGACUAAGGACUAAACAUGAUAUAUUUAGGGGUGUAACGCAAAAGAUUGAAACAGAAAAGGGGGAAAAUGGGGCUGGACAUAUGGCUCACUUGUUUAGGACAGCAUGUGCGGGGCCCCAUGUUCACUUCCCAGUUCAAAGUAAGGACUAUCAAGAUGGGCAAGUACUAACGGCUGAAGCGACGGAUCCAGCAGUCUUCCUCAGCCAUGCAGGCCUUGGGAUUAAAUCUCUUAGGCCUCUCUGAUAAAUUACAUGACUGAAUUAUGUAUGAAUCGGGUAGUAGGUUUCAUGGGUAGGAAAGUAGCACACACAUCUCCCCUACAUAAAUACAAAUCAACUUACUCAGUAAUCGGGUCUCAAAGACGAGAUUCAGUGGUUAGGAGGAACCAU